UAAGCAUGGAUUUGACAGAGUUAUGGGAUUAAUGUCCGCCUCGCUUGUUAAGACACAACAGGCCCUCUAUUGUUGUUUAAUAUUCAAAAUACAUCAACUAACUUGAGCACAUUUUACUUCAUUCACGAAGAAGGAAGAUUUGAGAGCGUUUCUAUUUGAUAAGAGACGACUGUCAGUUAUCGGCCCCUUUAAGAGCGUCUGUCGCUGUCAUUGACGAAAUUUCCUGCUGUGAAGUGAGUCUCGCUGGAUAUCAACAACAGAUUGAAACGAACCCCAAAUGAUGGUUUGCCGUUUGCAUGCGAUUCUAAUCCGUAAUAACGCUGGAAAUAACAUCUGACAGCUCAGGGAAGAUCAAUAUGUGUCCGCUUGGGCAUUUAUCGCCGGGGUUCUCAUCAUCGAGCUGGUAGCAGGUGGCGACAGAGCGGGGCGAAGCUCGAAUAUUCAUGACUUCCUGUUAAUGAAACUUAAUUACGAAUUCCGUGCAAGGGUUACCACCCGCCAUGUUAAGAUAAAGACACAGGUCUCUGUGUUGAACAUGCUAAAGCGAUUGGAUAAGAUAAGGUUCAGAGGACCGAAGCGAGAUGAGUUCCUAGACCUUGCCGAGUCCCCCAACGCAUCUGACAGCGAAUGUAAUGAAGACGUCCCAGUAAAACACCGGAGCUCCAUCAAAGAAACAGAAGAGCAGCGAGACCCUGCUGGUUCAGGGACCAUGUCUGCUGCUCCCAUCCAGGACUACAAGAUGAGUGAUGCUGACCGACUCAAUGAGGUCAAAGGUCACCUGGAGAUAACCUUAUUGGAAAAGCACUUUCUUCAGGAGGAGUUGAGGAAGCUCAGAGAGGAGACAAAUGUCGAGACUCUGAAACAGGACCUGGAGAAAGAGAAAUUAAAAAGAGUCGAUCUUGAGCAGAAAAUGAAUGAAAUUCUCAGAUCCAGACUAGAAGAUUCACCACCUCCACCUCCACCUCCAAAACCACAAGUCACUUCUGUCAAUGGAACAGGAGACAAACAGAAGGAGACCUUAAGCUCUCGGCUGUGGAAAUGGCUCUAUGAGCGCUUUGGCGUUUAUAUGGAAGAUUUCCGCUUUAAGCCUGAGGAAAAUACAGUCGAGACUGAGGAACCACUAAGUGCUAAAAGAUUAACUGAAAAUAUGAGACGACUCAAAAGGGGUGCUAAGCCUGUAACUAACUUCAUGAGGAACCUUUCUGCCUUAUCCAGCUGCCACUCUGUCUACACGUCAGCCAUCGCCUUUAUUAUCUAUAUGAAUGCUGCCUGGCAUGGCUGGGUUAUUCCCAUGUUUUUAUUUUUAGCCAUUCUGCGGUUAUCCUUGAAUUACCUUAUAGCAAAAGGUUGGAGGAUACAGUGGAGCAUUGUGCCUGAGGUCUCCGAACCAGUGGAACCUCCCAAGGAAGAUCUUACAGUCUCGGAGAAGUUUCAGUUAGUGUUGGAUGUUGCACAGAAAGCACAAAAUCUAUUUGGAAAGAUGGCAGACGUAUUGGAAAAGAUUAAAAAAAUAAAUAGUUUCGCUUGUUCUUCACAGCAGAUCCAGCCGGUGGUGGCACGUGGUAAUCAGUCGGCCGGGAUGUCAUGCGGGAUUGGCCGUGAGGAGGAAAGCGGACGGGCCUACAACACCAAAAGAGGGCCUUUUCAUGAAGUCUUCAACUUGUCAGAGAAUGAGCGCCCCCUGCCAGUGUGCGAGAACGGAUGGCGAUGUUGCUUGAUCAACAGGGACCGAAAAAUGCCAACCGACUAUAUCCGCAAUGGUGUCCUCUACGUCACAGAAAAUUACCUGUGUUUUGAGAGCUCCAGCUCCCGGGCGACGUCUUCGAAAAAAAAUAAAGUCAUCAAGCUCCAAGACAUCACGGAUAUUCAGAAGUACAAAGUGUUGUCAGUAUUGCCUGGAUCUGGGAUGGGGAUCUCAAUUACAACGCCAUCCACUUUAAAGCCUCUAGUGUUUGGUGCCAUGAUUCAUCGGGACGAGGCCUUCGAUGCCAUUCACACUCAGUACAUGAAGAUCAUGAAUUCCACAGCAGCUACGACAGUGACAAACCCAGAGACGUAGUCUAACCUGGAUCAACAUAUGACAUAAGGUAGUCCAUAAGACAGCCCUAACCUUAAUGUAGCACUAUCCUAAACCCCUAUACGGAGAUGAUGGCUUCCAGAAGUUGUCCGCCCCAUCUCCAACCCAAAACGAAGGAGAAACCGCAAAGAAACUGUUUUUCAUAUUCUCUUUUAGAUUCUACCUGAGUAUUAGGAGGAGUAUUUUAUAUAAUGUUCUCUUAAACAGCGUACUAUAAUCUUACACAAGUGUUUGUCAGGAUGGGUCUUGUUUUAUAAGGUUAGGCGUUCAUUAUGUGUCAGAACAGGAGCUGGUACUCCUUUGUGUCUCUUGUAGGGCUUUGUGUGAUCCUUGUGUAGUCAGACCAUAUAACCGUCUCUGAACUUACCGCCAUUUUCACCUAAUUGCAUCACCGCUGGCCUUGCACAAAGAAACACUGCACUUAGUGUUGCUGAGAGCUUUUAGAUGUGAUUUAGGGGGAAAAGGAACAGACUUAACCGUUAACUGAAAUCCAUAUUCGCAAAGCAGCUCGUAACUGCCGGCCACAUUGUUCCUUGGGGCGCGCCAAUUUUCUCUUCAGUAUUUGUGAUACUUGUGUUAACUAGAAACAACCUAAUAUUUUAAAGGAGUAGUGCACAUAAAAAUACAAAUUUCGCCGUUUACUCUCCCUCAUGUUGUUUUAAACUCGUAAAACACAAAAGGAGAUAUUUAGGCAGAUGUCCAAGCUGCUCUUUUCCUUACAAUGAAAAUCAAUUGUUUAGGGGAUAGUUUACCCAGAAAUGAAAAUAAUGUUACCAUUUAUUCACCCUCAUGUUGUUCCAAACCGA